CUUUAUACCAGUGUAUAUCCCCACGUCGAGCUCGUUGAUCGGACCGCACGCCUCAUCUUCUCCCCAUUUCCCUGACCCCACUCUACAAGAAUGAGGGAAAUCGUUUCCAUCGGUGUCGGACAAUGUGGUAACCAGGUCAGCCAGGCCUUUUGGGCCGGCCUCCUCUUGGAGCACGGUCUUGAUGAGAAUGGACAAUACGUCGGCAACAACCCAAACCAGAUCGACAAGGCCAACGUUUUCUUUGAACCUAGUGGAGUUGAGGGAAAAUGGGUCCCCAGGUCUAUUCAGGUUGACUUGGAGCCCGGGACAAUGGACGCCUUCCGCAACUCCAAAUACUCGCAUCUCUUCCGCCCAGACAACUUCGUGGCAGGCAACAAUGGAGCGGGCAACAACUUUGCCAAGGGUUACUACACCGAAGGCGCCGAGCUCAUCGACUCGGUCCUGGACGUGGCCCGCAAAGAGGCCGAGCGAGCGGAGAUGCUGCAGGGAUUCUCGCUGAUGCAUUCGCUCGGUGGCGGUACCGGCUCCGGACUGGGUACCAACCUCCUCUCCAAGCUGAGGGAAGAGUUCCCUGACCGAAUGCUCAGCACCUGGAGCGUGCUCCCAAGCCCCAAGGUCUCGGACACCGUCGUUGAGCCGUACAAUGCUACGCUGUCGUUCCACCAGCUGGUCGAGCAGGCUGACAUGUCCUUCUGCUUGGACAAUGAGGCGCUGUACGACAUCUGCCAGCGGACGUUGCGCAAGAAGGAUCCCAAGUACGAGGACCUCAACGCUAUCAUCGCGUCGGCCAUGAGCGGGUGCACGACCACGCUGCGAUUCCCGGGCCAGCUCAAUGCCGACCUCCGCAAGCUCGGUGUCAACAUGGUCCCGUUCCCGCGUCUGCACUUCUUCACCUGCUCCUACACUCCCCUCAUCGCCCCCGGCGCCAAGGCCUACCAAAAUCUCUCCGUGCCCGAGCUCACUGCGCAGGGCUUCGAUCCCAAGAAUGUCAUGGCUGCCAUCGACCCUCGUCUGGGCAAGAUCCUGACCAUGGCCGGUAUCUACCGUGGCAAGAUCGGCGGCAAGGCAGUAGAGGAUGCCAUGAAUCAGCUGCAGACCAAGCAGAGCAAUCUCUUCGUCGAGUGGAUCCCGCAGAAUACGCUUCACAGCUUGUGCGAUGUGCCGCCGCCGCAGAGCAAGAUGUCGGCCACAUUCAUCUCGAACAACACGGCAAUCCAGGAGCUCUUCAAGCGCACCGCCGACCAGUUCGCGAUCAUGUUCCGCCGCAAAGCUUUCCUUCACUGGUUCACGGGCGAGGGAAUGGACGAGAUGGAGUUCACAGAGGCCGAGUCCAACUUGCAGGACCUCAUCGCCGAGUACCAGCAGUACGAGGCUGCAGGAUACGACGAGGACGAGGAGGGCAUCUACGAGGAGGAGUACCUGCCGGAGGGCGAGGAUGGUGGUGCUGUGAUGCAGCAGGAGGGCGCAGAGGAGUCGUACGUCGAGUAGCAGAGCGUGCUCACGCAAGAGGAAAGGAAAGAGAUGAGAUGAGAGAAUGUACGCCGCUGCUCCGGACUCUCUUCUGAAUGUAUGCGUUGUCGACCAUUCACUCGUCCUCUCUCUAGAGCCUCA